AUUUAAAUCUUUACUGACAACUUUUCUAUUGGCAUCUCAAACAGCUGUUCAUCAGCAGUCCGGCGUGAUAAUUGAUAAAUUGGGUUAAAAGUCAUAAAAGUACCAAGAUGUUACAAAACUCUUUAAAAUCAGCUGCACGUAUUUUCAAUUAUCAUAAUGUUUGCGCCAUUCCAAAGCGACUACAACAGACCCAAAGCGCUACAAACAUACCCGCAACAGAACCUGAAAAUAUUGCUGUAAUAGAGGAACGAAUACUGAAGCACCCUGAUUAUUUCCAAGUGCAUAAUCUAUUUACUGUACGAGAUCUCUUCAAUGCUAGAGUUCAUUAUGGUCACAAAGAAGGGUCGUUAGAUGAUCGCAUGCGUCCCUACAUAUACGGAAGUCGUCUUGGUCACCUUAUAUUCGAUUUAGAUGUAACCGCUUCACAUCUCCGCGAUGCAUUAAACAUAGCUGCACAUAUCGCAUUUCGUGAUGGCAUUAUAUUGUUCUUUAAUCGAAAUGCGCUCAACGCUCAUCUUGUGGAGAAAAAAGCUAUGGAGGCCGGUGAAUUCUCACAUACGCGUUUUUGGCGAGGCGGUAUUUUUACGAAUGCUAACGUCCAGUUCGGUGCCGUAACGCGUUUGCCUGAUUUGUGCAUUUUCUUGAAUACACAAAACAAUAUAUUGACACAGCAUGUGGCAGUGCGAGAUGCAGCGAAAAUGGCCAUACCCACAAUUGGUAUUGUGGACACUAACUGCAAUCCUAAUUUGAUUACUUAUCCAGUGCCCGGAAAUGAUGAUUCACCGGCUGCAGUAGAGUUAUAUUGCAAUCUUUUUAAAGCCGCAAUAUUACGCGGCAAGGAAAAAAGGAGAGAAUUGCUGGGAGAAACUGAAAGCUCCAGUAGUUAAAAAUCAUAUUGUAAAUCACAGCACCCUAACCAAAAAAGUAAUAAAUUGUAAAAGUAAUAAAAAAAUUGUUUCUACACAAGAGUGUCUGUUAUGAAAAUAA